AUGGAUAGUCGCCGUCGGUCAGACGCGAGUACUCCCGUGGAGAGCGACUCACCACAAUCACCACUGUCACCAGACUUUGUCGACACUCCAGCAACACAGUCGUCUGUUUUAUUUGACGACCUGAAUGAGUUGCUGCGCAGAUUCCCUUCCGAGAGCCCUUAUAUCCUGGUAACAGGUGGCCUCGGCUUCAUUGGUAGCCACACAACGCUAGAGCUGCUCAAGGCCAACUAUAAUGUCAUUGUCAUCGACAACCUGAGCAAUGCUUUCGCGAAUGUUCUCGACCGCAUUGAUCUUCUAGCACGGAAGUUCCACCAAGACAAUGGAACCAAGAUGCCCACAUUAAGAUUGCAUGCCCAUGAUUAUCGAGACACCAAAGCCCUUCGAUCUCUACUAGAUGAAUAUCAAGUAGAAUCACGAUGGGGCAUCACAAAAUCGAAAAUCACCGGCGUCAUUCACUUUGCUGCAUACAAAGCUGUCGAAGAGAGCAUCCAAAAACCACUGAAAUAUUACGCCAACAAUGUCAGCGGCAUGAUUGACUUCACAUCCACACUUGGAGACUUCGGUAUCAAGACAUUCAUCUUCUCGUCUUCGGCUACCGUGUAUGGUACACUGGCAACCUCAGGUCUACCACUGAAAGAGGAGCUCUGUGUGCACAAGGAAGAAGUAUACAUCGACCAUACUGGCGUAGCCAGAGUGGUUCAGCCGGGAUGUACUGGGAUAACCAAUCCUUAUGGACGCACGAAGUGGAUCUGUGAGGCUAUCCUAGCGGAUAUCGCCACCUCUGAUCCAGAGUGGACGAUCGUUGCUCUUCGAUAUUUCAACCCUGUUGGGUGUGAUCCUUCUGGGCUACUCGGCGAAGACCCAAGACAAAUCCCAACAAAUCUUCUCCCGGUGGUUGUGAAGGUCAUGACAGGCCAGUACGCCGAGUUAUCAAUGUUUGGAACGGAUUGGGAGACGGAGGACGGGACUGCCGUUCGGGACUUCAUUCACGUCACGGAUCUGGCUCGAGGUCAUAUUGCGGCUCUCAGUACUGCGAACGAAGGUCAAUUGAGCGAGAACUUCCGCACGUUCAACCUGGGUACCGGCUCGGGUCACUCUGUACAGGAGGUGGUCACCACUAUGGAAAGUGUUGCUUCCAAGCCCAUCCCCACAAAGGUUGCAGGUCGUCGACCAGGUGAUGUGGGAUCUUGUGUGGCAGUUGUCGACAGAUCUCAAGAUGAACUUCAGUGGAAGACAGAAAAGUCACUGAAGGACGCUUGUCAGGAUAUCUGCAAUUUCCUAGAUGUCAGUGGUCUCUCUUCAUGA